GUGGUAGAGUCCACAGGAGGACCGUACGGUUGUCGUUUUUCUCUGCUCAAAAUAAUACGCCACGUUUGAAGUAGUCAACGUCUCUCCUUGAAAGACUUGCCGUGGCAGUGAAAUAGACUGCAAAACCGCAAGAUUGUUGGCUUCAACUUUCAGAAUCAGUCCCUGUUUGUCAAACGACGUAGUUUCUCUCAACUACCCCCUUGGACUCUUCCACCAAAAAAAAAAAAAAAACAGAAAACUCAGAUCUCCGCCAUCUCUAUCAGCUCUUCGCCCCUGCUAUGGCGGUGACCUCUGCUGCCGCAGAGAGGAUCGAUCUUCCGAGGUCUUCUAUGGAUCGUUCUCUUUCUAAAGUAUCAUCCGACGACGUUUCUGAUUCUUUACCUUCGCCAAACGACGUGUCUCCCACCGACACUCCCGAUCGCAACGAUCCUUCCAAUUCUGCGUCCUACCCUAGCUACAAAGAUGUUGAAAUUCAGUCUCCGUCAGCAUUGAGAAGUGAAGAAUACCGCCAACUGUUCAGGCUUCCACCUGAAGAGUUCCUUGUUCAGGAUUUCAAUUGUGCAUUCCAGGAAAGUAUUCUUCUUCAGGGUCACAUGUACCUGUUUGUCCGUUACAUUUGCUUUUAUUCCAAUAUAUUUGGAUUUGAAACAAAGAAAAUCAUUGCCUUCAAUGAAAUUACAAGUGUUAACAGAGCAAAGACUGCCGGAAUCUUUCCUAAUGCAAUAGAAAUUUUUGUUGGAGGAAAGAGGUACUUCUUUGCAUCAUUCCUAUCUCGGGAUGAAGCUUUCAAGCUCAUUAAUGAUGGAUGGGUGCAGCAUGGUAAUGGAGCCCAAGAAAUUACAGAACAACAGGAUUCCAUGUCUGAGUCCAGUGCCCAAGAGAAUGGUUUUGUUGCAAUUGAAAAUAUCAAUAGCUCUAAAAACCCAGUAAAUGACAUGGAAUCUGCAGACAGGAAUGAGGACGUUCCCACAUCCAGUGGUUCUAAGGUUCCUUCCACUUCUGAAACAAAUGCAGUAGUUAGUCCUGGAUCAGUUUUAAAUGCUGGGGUAUCAGCAUCUGGAGAUACUUAUUCAUGGAAGCCAGAGGAUUGUGAUGCGCCAAAGGUUGCUGAAUGUUUUACCAGAGUUGCUGAAACAAAGUUCCCGGUUAAGGUAGAGGAGUUCUUCAAUUUGUUUUUUUCAGAUAAUGCUGUUAAUUUCAUUGAAUCUUUUCAUAGAAGGUGUGGAGAUAAAGAAUUUAGGUGCUCUUCAUGGCGCCCUCAUGACGAAUUUGGACAUGUCCGUGAUGUGUCGUUUCAACAUCCAAUUAAAAUAUACUUUGGUGCAAAAUUUGGUAGCUGCCAGGAGGCCCAGAAAUUUCGCAUUUACAGAAACAGUCAUUUGGUUGUGGAGACAUCACAAGAGAUCAAGGAUGUACCAUAUGGAGAUUAUUUCCGUGUAGAGGGGCUUUGGGAUGUAGAAAGAGACAGUGAUGACCCACAAGAAGGCUGCGCUUUACGGGUUUAUGUUAAUGUGGCUUUUAGUAAGAAAACUGUUUGGAAAGGUAAAAUAGUGCAGUCUACUCUGGAAGAGUGUCGAGAGGCUUAUGCAACAUGGAUAGACAUGGCCCAUGAAUUGCUGAAGCAGAACACUGAUAAACAAGGAGGGGUAGAUCCUUCUGGAAGCUCAACUGAAAAUGGUGAAGUCCAAGUUGAAAGGCCAGUGGCUACCCCGGAACCUUCAGAAAGAUCUCAUAAUACAAGUGAUCCAGUAAGGACAUUGCAGAUGUCCGAUUCUCAGGAUGUUAGCCAACAAAUUGGGAAUAUUUUGCAAGAAAGUUUGACUAGCGCUUCAUCCAUCGUGUCUUUGUUAAGAGAGCUUUUGAGGAAAUCCUACACAUACUUAAAACGCCGGGGCCAUAUUUCACUGGUCCUAACCGUUGCCUUUGCUGUGAUCUUCCUGAUGCAGGUAAGCAUUGUUGUGCUGUUAAACCGACCGCAACACGUUCAUGUGAGUUACCCAGUAGAGUACAUGGGUAGCAUGAUGGGUGGUGGUGGAGGCGGAGAAAGCAGAGCUGAAGCAGUGGCUUGGUUGGAGAAGCGGAUGCAUCACCUUAAAGAAGAGAUGACGAUGGUUGAAGCUCGGUUAGAGAGGAUGUGGCAUGAGCAUGCUACUUUAAAAGCACAGUUAAAAGAAAUGGGGCAGCCUAAGAAGCAUAAUAGAUAAAA